UUGAGUGGAGGAAGAUGGCGGCUCCGGGCGGCUCGGUGUCCCGCCAGCUGUGAGGAGUCCCGAGCGCGGCGGGCGCGGCCUGGGGCGCAGCGCCUCUGCUCGCGUCCUGUCCCGGGUUCCCUCGCCGCCUUCGCCAGCGGAGCGUACCCGAGAACGUGGCGCGGGCUAGGCCAGCUGUCACGUGGGAUGUCAUGGCCAGCUCCUCGGACAGCGACGACGACAGCUUCAUGGCUGUGGACCAAGAGGAGAGCGUGCUGGAAGGGGCCGUGGAGCAAGAUGAGGAGCUCCGCGCGGCGCUGGAGGCCGAGCAGACUCGGCGUAGCAGGUCCAUGUCUGAGCUGCCAGAAGAGGUUUUGGAGUACAUCCUGUCCUUCCUCUCCCCGUAUCAGGAGCACAAAACCGCAGCCCUCGUCUGCAAGCAGUGGCAUCGGCUGAUUAAAGGUGUAGCUCACCAGUGUUACCAUGGUUUCAUAAAGGCUGUUCAGGAAGGAAACAUCCAGUGGGAGAGUCGGACAUACCCUUAUCCCGGGACCCCCAUCACCCAGCGGUUCUCACACAGUGCGUGCUAUUAUGAUGCUAAUCAGUCUAUGUAUGUGUUUGGAGGCUGUACCCAGAGCAGUUGCAAUGCUGCCUUCAAUGACCUCUGGCGACUUGACCUAAAUAGCAAAGAGUGGAUCCGACCUUUGGCUUCAGGGUCCUAUCCUUCCCCCAAAGCUGGAGCGACCCUGGUCGUGUACAAGGAUCUGCUGGUGCUGUUUGGCGGCUGGACACGGCCGAGCCCUUACCCCCUACACCAGCCAGAGAGGUUCUUUGAUGAGAUACACACUUACUCACCCUCUAAAAACUGGUGGAACUGCAUUGUGACCACCCACGGCCCACCCCCCAUGGCCGGGCACUCCUCUUGUGUGAUAGAUGAUAAAAUGAUCGUCUUCGGCGGCUCCCUAGGAUCGCGGCAGAUGAGCAGCGACGUCUGGGUCCUGGACCUCGAGCAGUGGGCGUGGUCCAAGCCCAGCAUCUCCGGGCCCAGCCCUCAUCCCCGAGGCGGCCAGUCUCAGAUCGUCAUAGAUGAUGCGACUAUUCUAAUCCUUGGAGGGUGUGGCGGUCCCAACGCUCUGUUCAAGGAUGCCUGGUUGCUGCACAUGCACUCGGGUCCCUGGGCCUGGCAGCCGCUCAAGGUGGAGAAUGAAGACCAUGGAGCCCCAGAACUGUGGUGCCAUCCAGCUUGCCGGGUCGGGCAGUGUGUGGUGGUCUUCAGCCAGGCGCCUAGUGGGCGAGCACCGCUUAGCCCCAGCUUGAACUCCCGCCCAUCACCUAUCAGUGCCACCCCUCCAGCCCUGGUUCCCGAAACCCGAGAAUACCGCUCACAGUCUCCCGUAAGGAGUAUGGAUGAAGCGCCCUGUGUUAACGGCCGCUGGGGAACACUGAGGCCCAGAGCGCAAAGGCAGACCCCCUCAAGUUCCCGAGAAGGAAGCCUUUCCCCAGCCAGGGGCGAUGGCUCGCCCGUCCUGAAUGGUGGGAGUUUAUCUCCGGGAUCGGCAACUGUAAGCGGCUCCUCCUUGGACAGCCCUGUGCAGGCUGUGUCUCCGAGCACCCCGUCCACCACUGAAGGGUGUGACCUGAAAAUGGGGCUCUCCCUGGCCCCUCGACGAGGAUCACUCCCCGAUCAGAAAGAUCUAAGGCUAGGGUCAGUAGAUCUGAAUUGGGACCUGAAAACUGCUUCCAGUGGCAAUCACAUGGAUGGCGUGGGCAGCAGGACAGCGGGGGGCGGCUUGCGACACCCGCCCGAGCAGAUGAACGGUGUGCACACCCCGCCACACGUGGCCAGCGCCCUCGCGGGAGCUGUUUCCCCCAGCGCCCUGCGCCGCAGCCUGGAAGCCAUCAAAGCGAUGCCAUCCAAAGGUCCCCCCGCCUCCGCAGCACUGAGCCCUCCCCUGGGGUCUUCUCCAGGCUCCCCCGGGAGCCAGAACCUGGGCAGCGGAGAGGCAGUGCCCAUCCCCCGCCCCGGGCCCGCGCAGGGAGAUGGACACGCGCUGCCCCCCAUCGCCCGCCGCCUGGGCCACCACCCUCCGCAGUCCCUGAAUGUGGGCAAGCCCUUGUACCAGAGCAUGAACUGCAAGCCCAUGCAGAUGUACGUGCUGGACAUCAAGGACACCAAGGAGAAGGGGCGCGUCAAGUGGAAAGUGUUCAGUAGCAGCUCUGUGGUCGGACCUCCCGAGACCAGCCUGCACACAGUGGUGCAGGGCAGGGGUGAGCUCAUCAUAUUUGGAGGACUCAUGGACAAGAAGCAGAAUGUGAAGUACUAUCCAAAGACAAACGCCUUGUACUUUGUGCGGGCAAAGAGAUAAUGUGUUCUAAACCCUUUCCCCUUUCUGUGGCUUUUAAUUUGGAAUUUUCCAGCGUGCAAGCAUUUGGACUGAGAAUUGAGAAAACAAAGGACAAAAUUACUCUCAUAAACCAAACCCCAAUUCCCAGCCUCACUCAUGCCAGGCUGGGAUCAAAUCUCCAUUAAGAAAAAAAAACUAUAUAAAUCUAUAGAGAAAUAUUAUAUAGCCAACUCUGUUCACAAAGAGGGAGAGAGCUCCAUCCUGGUUCAGAUAAAAUUGUUGCUGUGUUUUAGCAGAGGCUCUGCCGCCUUUUUCUACUUAAUUGGUAACUAGACCAAGAAUUUAGGGAACAGAUACCUACCAGAACCUUCCUACAGAAACUGAAGAGCCACCUGUAAAUCUUAUUUGGCCUUCUCAGAGUUAGAUAAAGAAAGGGCACGCGUGAAACACACAAGCAGAGGCUUCUGACUCGCAGGCUGUCGGUGCUGGCAGGUACAUGACGUGUAGCAGUCUGCUCUCCGCCCGCAGAGGGCCUGUGACCGCUGCUCUCUGCAGUGAUGCCCUCUGCCCGGUCCUCUUCUGCCCAUUGGGAAGGAGGAAGGUUACCCAGCGGGGAUCUGCUCCACGUGUGUGCCAGGGUCAUCGUGAAACAACGUUCACGCAGAAGCACCUGUUUGCGUGCUCCCUCCAUGUCUUAGGAAACACUCCGGGGUCUGAUUCUGGAAUUUUCUAAUAAUCGUAUUUCAUCGCAGUUUCCAAAGUCUGUGUCUGUUCUCUUUUUCUUUCCCUUGAAACCUGGCGCCUGGAGGCCGCCUCUCCUGUUUACGGCUGCUGUUCUCCCCUCCUCCCUCCCCCGCCCUCUUUUUCUUUGAUAUGUGAAAUUUUUUUAAGCUCUAAAACCUUUCUCACUUUCUUUUACUAAGUUUGGGUGUCCAGAGAAAUCUCUUAGAAAUAUUUCUGGAACCCUUUUUCUCGAGUCAUCAGGGGACCAGCAGGGAGUUCUGAGAUGCCAGUAUCGUGAGAAAUCCUUGACGCGUCAGAAAGUACUGUGGGCGUCUUUUUAUUUCCAAAGCACGUUGGACACACCCAUCCAUGUUUACAGAACUGAUCUUGGAAGAGCAGUUCCUUCUAGAACGGUUUUCGCCCUUGUUGUGGCAUGCAUUCCUCUGCCUGGCUGUGGACUGGCGCUUGGGUUCCCUGAAGCAUGGCUGACCUCGGGGGGCAGCUCUUUCUUUGUCUUGUUCACCUGUCGCCCAAACAAGGCUUGGGUUUUCACUUUCAUGUCAUUUC